AUGGCACAGGUAGUGGUCUCCCGCAACCCCCAAAAACUCAGCCAGAUGGGUUUAGCUGGCGCUGAAGCAUCUGGAUAUUUCUCCAAGGCAUGUCCUGCUCUGCCCGCCAAUACCGGUACGAAAAGGAAGAGAGGACUAGCCACAGAGUCAAGUGACGAUCGUUUAAUCAAAAUCCAGAGUACUUCUGCAAAAAAGGUCACAUUUGCCGCGACUGCCGCGACUGCUGCGACUGCCUCGCCGUCACCCGAAUGCGAAGCAGAUAAGGAAGCAUCCCCAACCCAGGCUUCACAACCAGUCGUUGCCAAUACAUCUCAACCCUCCGAUCUCACUCCCUACCUCAAGAAGAUUGCGCUCUCCCACAUAACACCGUUCCAAAAGCGCGUCCUCACUGCUCUAUGCCAAGUCCCGCCGGGGCAGUACACAACCUACGGUGUUCUAUCAAAACACCUCUCUUCCUCGCCCCGCGCGGUAGGGAAUGCGUUGAGGAACAAUCCGUUUGCGCCGCAGGUGCCAUGCCAUCGUGUGCUUGCUAGUGGGGGCGGAUUGGGAGGCUUUGAGGGGAGUUGGGGACGCGGAGGGGAGAAGGGGAAGAAUGAUGAUAAGAAGAGGGGUUUACUGAGGGACGAGGGGGUGUUGUUUAAUCCAAAAGGCUUGGUAGUAGGGAAGGUUUGGGAAGGGUUUAAUUAG